AUGAAACGAAGCCUCAGUGAACGUCCUUGCACUAUUGCCGUUGAGGGCAACAUCGGAAGUGGCAAGACAACAUUCCUAAAGCACAUGGGAAACUUGGGCAACAUUACCAUCGUGGCUGAACCGCUCGAUAAGUGGCGGAACUGUCAAGGGCACAAUUUACUAGACCUCAUGUAUAAGGACCCGAAAAGAAACAGCUUCACUUUCCAGUCGUAUGUGCAGUUGACUCUUCUCCAGGCACACACUAUGAAAACUCCCACACCUUUUAAAAUGCUGGAGAGGUCGAUUUAUAGCGCCCGAUAUUGUUUUGUUGAGAAACUGAGGAGAGAUGAGUUACUGUCAGCACCCGAAUUUUCAGUUAUUGAUGAAUGGUUUAAAUGGAUCAGAAAGGAACAAGAUGUGGGUGUUGAUAUGUUUGUGUAUUUGAGGACGGAUCCAGAGGUUGUGUACGAUAGAAUUGUCAAAAGGGAUAGGGCUGAAGAAAGAAGAGUACCUUUUGAGUACAUUAGGAGUUUGCAUGAAAUUCAUGAAGAUUGGUUGCUCCAUAAAACGUUGUAUGAGUGUCCAGCGCCUGUUUUCGUUGUUGAUGCUAAUGUUGAUUUGGGAAUGAUAGGGAGUGAAUAUGAAAGGUUUGAGGAAGAGGUGCUACAUAAAAAAAUGUUAAUGGGGAUGUAA